CAAUCAAGGCAUAUCAUAUCAUACAUCCGCAAAUAAACUUAUUUCCAGAUCUACUUACAACGGAGGUGUCCCAGCGUAUGCUUUCCGAUUUUGGCCAAACUUGUGUCAACCGGUCACAAAUUUAGGAUGAAAUUUACAAAAGAUAGGACCUCCCAAUGCGCAGAUUUGGCGGAUAUAUUUGCAUUCGGAGGGGAGAAAACGCGCAGUAUUCUCUCUCUAAACUCACAAAAUAGUAAAAUUUGUGGACUUUGGGUCCCGUUUUCUCCUCUUCGGGUGCUAGUCUCUCCGUUAAACCUGAGCAUUGUGAGAUCAUGCCUUUUGCAAAUUUCAUACUCAUUAACUUUGUGAAUUUGAGCUUUAUUUGGUUAAAAUCGGAGAGCAUACGCUGGGAGACCUCCAUUGUUAGUUCUUUAUUCAUAGGAUCAAUUCACAUUAUCAAUAUUAUCAUUACAAUCAGAAUAAAAUUACAUACACAGCAUUCACGCUGAUACAUAAAACUGACCACAAAAGAGUUGAACAUUAAAAUAUUGUUAAUUAAAUAGUUCUGUGCCUACAUAUUUAUGUAUAUUUCGCAUAACGUUUACAUAAAUUUGAAUUUAUUCACGUUGUCUCCAAAACUCCUUUAAAUUUCUCCAAAAAUUUACCCAAGUUACAAAAUCCCGUAUUUAAAUAAAAAUGGAAACACGAAUCCGCACCGCGACACCUCAGGACGCCCCCGCAAUUCAAGAAAUCUACGCUCCCUUCGUCUCUGACGCUGUGACCUCGUUCGAAUACGAAGUCCCAUCCGUGAGUGAAAUGGAGACCAGAAUCGUUUCCACCCUCGUCACCCAUCCCUUCCUCGUCUAUGUAAAUGACCAAGGUCGCGUGGUCGGGUAUGCGUACGCGACUCAGCACAAGGGUCGCGAAGGGUACAAAUGGGUGGCAGAAAGUUCAAUCUACCUGGCUCCUGAAGCGAGAGGAAGUGGUGUUGGGAGUGAAUUGUAUGCCAAAUUGAUGGACAUUUUGCUACGUCAAGGUUUCUACAAAGUCGUUGCCGGCAUAAGUGGUUCGAACCCAGUCAGCGACUCAUUCCACCGCAAAUUUGGUUUCGUAUUGGUCGAAACCUGGCCAAAUUUCGGCUACAAAUUUGAUUCCUGGAUUAACGUUUCGUGGUAUUGUAAAGAGCUGCGAUCGACGGAAACCACGAGCCGGGUAAAUCCGCCCAUCCCACCGAUACCCUACUCGGAGUGGAGAAAAGAUGAGACUCAAAAAUAAAAUAAAUAUUAUCCUUCCCAACAAAA